AGCCAUUUGCAUUCAGUUUUGAAAGACAGCUCAGGAGCCACACAUGGCCGAGGGGAGCGAUGAGAGAUUCGAUGGAGUCCUGUUGAAUAUUGCACAGCAGUCGGGCUCCAUCGACAGCAUUCUCGAUGCCUUCUUUGGUUUCCUGCAGCGGAAGACGGACUUUUUCACUGGCGCCCAGGAUGAGCAGGCAGCUGAGCAGAUGGUGCUGAAGUACUACAAGAAGCAUUGGAAGGUUGGGCAAAAGAAACGGCAGGAACAACAAGAGAGAAACCGAGUUGCAGAUGAAGAGCGUAAGAAAAAGGCAGAAACCAAGAAGCAAAAGGAUGAAGAAGAGUACAGAAAGCGAAUGGAGGAGGCGGAGAAGAUGAAAAGCGCGCCCAAGAUAGAAGAAGUCACUGACGAAGAAGCGAAGAAGAUCAAGGCGGACAAAGAAAAUGCUAAGGAUGGAGACGGCGAAGAGGAAGAGAAAGAAGAUAAAGAGCCUCCCCCGCCGGGCAACGGUGGCAGCACCGAGAAAUAUACCUGGACACAGACGCUCAAUGCCCUGGAAGUCUUUGUCCAUGUUCCACCAGGGGUAAAGGCCAAGCAGAUUGUGUGCGACAUUGGCGGAGACACUCUCAAGCUGGGUGUCAAAGGAGAGCCGCUGAUUUUGAAUGGCAAGAUGCAUUCCAAAGUGAAGCCUGACGAUUGCAUGUGGACCCUGAUCGACAACAAGAUGGUCCAAAUCACCCUGGAGAAGUUCGACAACAUGAAGUGGUGGAAUUGUGUCAUGGAGGGAGAUCCUGGCAUUGACACAAAGAAGAUCGUGCCCGAGAAUUCCAAGCUUUCAGAUCUGGACGGUGAGACCAGAAUGACAGUAGAGAAGAUGAUGUACGAUCAGAGACAGAAGGCCAUGGGGAAACCAACUUCGGAUCAGGAGAAGCAACACGAUCUCCUGGAGAAGUUCAAGGCAGCUCAUCCAGAGAUGGACUUCUCCAAGGCUAAGAUCAACUAUGGCGGCGGGGGCGGGGGCUUCAACAUGUGAACCUGCAAGAAGCCGCGUGUGGAGAUCACAUGAGAUCAGAUGAGAUCAGUUAAGUGCUAUUUUGCAACAAAC